UUGUGCUUUUUUUAUAUUAGAGUACCAUGUCGCCUGGCUAAGAAACGGCACAAUAAGAUUAACAAACUGUCUGCAAACGCAGCCUCACUGGAUGGCAAAGAGGAGGAACAUUCUAGGAUCACUGCCGAUGAGCAGAGUAUUUUUGCCAGGAUAAUUAAACUGCAGGAUGUGGACGUGCUCGCGCAAUUGAUUUACGGGGUUCGAUAUCUGGACAUCAGGGUCGGGCACUACCCUAACACGAAUUCGAUAUGGUGGGCUAAUCAUGGGGUAUUCAAAUCUGUCCCCAUGCAAAACGUCGUGAACCAGGUGAAGGCCUUCCUUAACAAUACGAACGAGAUCGUGAUAUUCGAUAUCCAGGAAUUUCCCGUUGGCUUUGGGAAAAAUCUGGGAGUACAUCACGAUUUCGUUAGAUUUCUCGAGGAACAAUUUGCCGGAUACUACUUGCCGAAGAGUUACGGAUGGACCAGCACGCUGAAUACAAUCUGGUCAUCUGGGAAAAGACUCAUAAUCGGUUACGAUGAGAAACGAGUCGUCAGCCGCUACGAGAGCGUGUGGCCCUGCGUGACACAUCAAUGGGGAAAUGUCAGAAACAUCGAAGAUUUGUUUAACUAUCUGGAUCGUAUCGAAAUGGAAAAUCUUGGAUAUCCUAGAGCGAUACCGAGAUCAGCGAUGGCAGAAUUAACGCCCAACACGUGGGACGUAAUCUUAAAUCGCCUUGGAAGCAUUCGUCAGAUGGCAGAGAAAGUUAAUAUCAACGUUACAAAUUGGUAUAAUAGCAAAUGGCAACAUACGGCCAAUAUUGUCGCCGUCGACUUCGUCCGAUCGUCCGGCAUCAUCGAAACUGCGAUCGAAUGGAACGAAAGACGUAAUUCGCAUUGUUAAGAAAGUAAAAAAAAAGAACUUAUAAACCAAAGUUUGUUAAUACAUUCAAAUUAUAAUAAUUCAUAGCAUACCGAGCAGCGCAAAAGGUUUUAUGCUAGUACUUAAUAAUUUAUUAUCUCGACACAAUCUUCUGUAUAGUUAUGUUUUAUGGAUAUAUAAUAAAUUUUAUACGCACAAGGGGUGAAUCACGCAAAUAGAAAAUGUCUAUAAUUGAAAGAACAUAAAUAUCUCUAAAAAAUAUUUUUCGUAGAAAUAUAAUAUACGAGAGACGAUGUUUUU